CAAUGUAUGCUCCUGAUUUAAGAAGAGGACCAACAACAACAACAUUUUUAGGAACAGCUACUUAUAUAACAGAACCUUAAGAAUAAAAUAAAGCCACAACCAUAUUAAAAAUUGAAGAAGCAUAACCACCAAAUACUUUUGAUGAACUCUAUACACCACUACCAAAUCAAGUAGAAUUUAAGAAGAUCAACACAAAUGUUUUAAAUAGUAUGAAAUUCCCUUCAAAAUCAAAUGAUAAAGAAGAUGGUUUAUUAGAAGUAAACUAAAGAUCAUAUUAUAAAGGUAAAAUCCAUGUUUACUUAAUGGCAGAAAUAUUUAAAUUUAGAAGAACAUAAAGCUGUUGUUUCAGAUUCUUUUUGGUAUGUUGUAACUAAAUUUUUUAAAAGAGAUAUUCAACCUGAUGAAACAUCUGAAACUUAUCCCAAAAUAAACUUUAAUAAAUUACCAAAGGAAGAUUAAAAAUUACUCACAAGAAUAUCUAGAAAUUAUAUCAAUUUAUUUUUAACAAUUGAUCGUAAAGAUGAUAGACAAUUAUUUUUUAAAACUUAUUUUGAUAUAUUAGCUUAAAGUGUAUUUUAUGCUUUAUUUUAUUCAUUUCCUUUAAGUAGAAGUAAAUUUAAUGAUGAUUUAAAAAAGUAAUUAUUGGAUGAAUUCUCUUAUUUAUUUACAGGAAUAGAAAUUGCAAAUAGUUAAAAAUAUCUUAAAGAAUGGAAUCUUGAUUUAGGAGCUGGCAAUAUAUUUAAAAAAUAAGCAGAAUAGAAAUUUGCUAAAUAAUAAUAAUAUGAAUAAUCACUACCUCCAAUUGUAUUAAGUUAAACAACUGUUAAGGCUAGAAACAAAAGAGUUAUGGUACCUAUUAAAUGUAAAUUUUAUUUUAUAUAUUAUAGUUUCUCCUAUUGUAUAAAUCUAUUUAGCUGAGAAUAAAUAUUCAACAAGAAAUUAAAUAUAAGAAUACAAAAUGAAAUUUACUGAAUCUGAAAAAAAUUAAGAUGAAUUAGAAUUGAAAUUUGCUAGAUAUAUUAAAUUAGCUGAUCAAUUAAAAUCUGAAGCUAUUGCUAUGAGAGAUGAUAAUGAAAAUAGAAAAAAGAAGAUGAAAUCAGAAAUAAAAACAAUCAAAUAAGAAACUGUUAAUCAUCAUAAAAGAUUAGAAAAAAGAAAAGCUGAAGAAUUAGAAAGAGGAGCUCAUGAAUAUGCAAAUUACUUAGUAUCUAUGUUAAAUGCAGGAAUCACAGUAGCCAAUUUAGGUGUAAGUAAAUAAAAAUGA